GAUGUUUUGUCUCGGAGCUGGCUGGACGAUGUGAAGUGUGUCGUCUCCGGGACGGCUCGGUCUUAUUUGGUGGUUGUCUUCACGGCUCUAUUUGUCCUCUUCUCUCGGUAAGGUUCUGCUGUCCGUCGGCGCCGUGUCUGUCCCGGUGUCUCUCCCGGGAAGCGCGAGGCCGAGUCGUGCGAUGAUGGAGGACUUUGAUGAGAUCUACGAAGAGGAGGAGGAGGAAGAAGAGGACGAGGACAGGGCCGCGGAGGAGCAGCUCCUCAAGUACGCUCCGGACCCGGUGGUGGUGCGAGGGUCCGGCCACGUCACUGUCUUCGGGCUUAGUAACAAAUUUGAGUCAGAAUUCCCUUCGGCACUUACAGGAAAGGUGGCACCAGAGGAAUUCAAAGCCAGUAUCAACCGUGUAAACAGCUGCCUGAGGAAGACGCUGCCGGUGAAUGUGCGGUGGCUCCUGUGUGGCUGUCUGUGCUGCUGUUGCACAUUGGGUUUCAGUUUGUGGCCUGUCAUCUGCCUCAGCAAGAGGACAAGAAGAUCUAUAGAGAAACUUCUGGAGUGGGAGAACAGCAGACUUUACCACAAGUUGUGUUUGCAUUGGAGACUAAGCAAAAGGAAGUGUGAAACCAACAACAUGAUGGAAUAUGUAAUCCUAAUAGAGUUCUUACCUAAGAUCCCCAUCUUCAGACCAGACUAGCCUGACCGCGGCUGAUCUUAAACCUCCACUGCUGCCCAGCUCCUUCACAGAACCACAAUGGCUGUGAAGCUCCCGAAAAUUGAACCCCAAUAUUUUUGUUUACAGGGUAGCAUCGAUCCUCCCUCUUUUAUCCAUGACUGUUGUCCCACACAUACCUUCUCUUCACUGUUGUUUACAAAUCCAGCAUCCCAACACUUUGUUUUUGAAUUGAAUUCACCAUUGAACCAUGAUCGACUGGGCAAGCUGGCACACUGCUGAGCCAUGUUAAUCGUCUCCAGCCUGCGGGAUGUCGGGAAAACCAGCCACGGGCAGCGUUAUGGAUUUUUUCGGAGCUAGAGCUGGAGACUGGACUCUCGAAUUGAGUUCUCUAAGCUUUUACUGGAAUUUUAUCACUUGUAUUUCCCCUAACCUAAGCACAUGGCACAGUCAGACCAUGAUAAAAGAAACACUUUCACAUGUUACCUAAUGUCUCACCGCCAACUUCACCUGCAAAAAAUACACCCCAGUGCUUUUGUAACAGUUGGUUUGGUACUCUAGAUCGUUACUAGAGGCCGUGGAGGCAACAUUACAUGGAACUCCAAAGGAACCUUCAUCCAAAUCAACUCUGUAGCAGACAAACAGGCGUACAGGAGCAUGCUGGGCCAGUGGCCACAACGGCUGAACUCAGUACUGUCACUCGUUUUAUUAACUACCAGAGACAUCCUCUCCUUUCAUAUCCGCACACUUCACUGUGCAUCACCCCUAACCCAGUGACAAUCACACACUCUGACUGUACUCUCUGUAGUAUGAAUGGGUCUUUAUGCUACACAUCGUACCUGGAACGACUUGUCUUCAACAAUACGUGUGUCCAGGUGAUGGGCUGGCUGCCUCGCAACAGCUUCUGAGUCGCAGUGGAACAAGUAAGCUGGAAAGAAAGCCACUAGUGACGAAGAAGAGACACCUUUUUUCUUUUUCAAGUUUUGUUUACUGUUUGGGUGAAAGAGAGGCAGUCAGGGCUUGCAGAACUUUUCACUGUGUUUAUUGUCUGUCUGUGUGUGUGUGUGUGUGUGUGUGUGUGUGUCUGUCUGUCUGAGAGAGAAACAAGCAAAAAAAAAAGACAAUUCAGACAUGAAGAUAUACUCUUUACUCUGUAAAGCAGGGUUCUUUCUUUGACUUUUUUUUUCCGCCAUAACCGAUCUUUGUUACUUUUGUUGUAGUAAUUUAUAAAUGCGUGUGUGCACGUAUAAUCAUGCACUCAUGAAAUGGGCCUCAGUUUUGUUUUUUUUGCAAAGGUAUGCCAUGGUUGUCUCCUUUUUGUCUUUAUGGUCAUGUGUCAACACUAAAGCACACAAACGCUUUGUCCUUAA